GUGUGUGUGCGCCGAGUGUGUGUGUGUGCGUGUGCGCGCCAGUGUGUGUAUUCCGCCCCCCGGAGCCACCCGGGGAGCCGCGGAGGAGGGAGCGGGGCUCGGCGAGGGGAGGACGGCGGCGCGGCGGGGCCGCGAGCAGGGGGCGAGGGAGGGCCUGGAGUGACGGCGGCCCGGCGAGAGAAGUCAGCUUCUCCCAAUCUCCUCCCCUCGCCGCUCCGCACACCCCCUCGGCCCCUUCUCUCCCACUCGCUGCCUCGGAGGCCCUUGGGUGGGGAGUCGCCUUUUCUUGCUUUUCGGCAAAAGAGGGGGAAAAAAUGGAGCCCGCGUCGGCGGAGGAGAUGGGAGGGAGGGAGACGGCGCGGACGGCCCCGGUGCUCGCUUACAUUCGCACCCCGGCGGCUCCCUCUUUCCCCGCCGCGCCCGCGGUCGGGGAGAGGCCAGGGCCGCGGCAGAGGCCCGGGGCCUGGGCAGCGCGGGGCCCGCCGGCCCCCUGGGCCUCAUCCCCGGCCUGACUUUGCGGGCCGGCCCCGAGGCCCUGCCGAGGUCCCGCGGCCCAGGCCGGGACGAGCGUCCGCGCUACACGCUCGGCUCGCCGGUGCGGAGGCCGCUUGCAAGGCCCGAGUCAGCCUGCGGGCCGGGAUUCGGAGGACUGCGGCGGGGAGGGCUUUUUGUGAUUUUAUUUUUUUUUUUUUGCCUUGAUUUUUUUUUUAUUUUGUCUUGAAUUUUUUUUUCGGCCCAAGGAGCUUCGCAGGGACCCCCCCCCCUUCCCGAGUCGCCCCGAAAGCGGCUUCUCGGGUGGGGGCGGCGGGCUGGAGGGCGCUAAGAUGGCGCUGGGCCUGGCCUGUAGCCAGGGCUGGUGGCGCAGUUGCUCGGCGGCCGCCAUCUUCCCUCGCGGCGCGGGCGGCGCCCGGAGCCCCGGGAGCCAGGACCGGGCCACCGGGUCCCCAGGAUGGAGCGGAGGCCGCGAAGAGCCGUGCGACCACCGAGACCCCAGACCCGAAAGGCUGGCUCGCCGGGUUGGGCUUGGAGGGGCUGAGUUGUCAUGGAUGAUGACGACGACUCCUGUCUCCUCGAUCUUAUUGGAGACCCACAAGCAUUGAACUAUUUUCUGCACGGACCUAGCAGUAAAUCGAGCAGCGAUGAUGUGACGAACGCAGGGUAUUCUGCAGCCAAUUCUAAUUCGAUUUUCGCCAACUCCACGAAUGCUGACCCUAAGUCGUCCCUCAAGGGUGUAAGUAACCAGCUCGGAGAAGGGCCCAGCGACGGGCUGCCCCUUGCGAGUAGCCUUCAGUUCCUUGAAGAUGAGCUUGAGUCUUCUCCUCUCCCGGAUCUCGGCGAGGACCAGCCCUUUGACAUUCUUCAGAAGUCCUUGCAGGAGGCCAAUAUCACUGAGCAGACUCUGGCGGAAGAGGCGUAUCUGGACGCCAGCGUAGGCUCAGGCCAGCAGUUCGCGCAGGCCCCGCUCCAUCCGUCCUCCUCAGCACCCUUUACUCAGGCUUCUAACGUUUCUAAUUACUCAGGUCAGACCCUGCAGCCUGUCGGGGUGACUCAUGUGCCUGUGGGAGCAUCGUUUGCAAGCAAUACAGUGGGCGUGCAGCAUGGCUUUAUGCAGCACGUGGGGGUCAGUGUUCCCAGCCAGCACUUGCCUAACAGCAGCCAGCUUAGCGGCUCUGGUCAGAUCCAGUUAAUCGGGUCCUUUGGUAAUCAGCCUUCCAUGAUGACUAUUAAUAACCUAGAUGGCUCUCAAAUCAUAUUGAAAGGCAGUGGGCAGCAAGCCCCGUCCAAUGUGAGUGGGGGGCUUCUGGUUCACAGACAGACUCCUAACGGCAGCUCUCUGUUUGGGAACUCCACUUCCAGUCCCGUAGCACAGCCUGUCACCGUUCCAUUCAACAGCACAAAUUUCCAAGCAUCUUUACCUGUGCAUAACAUCAUUAUUCAAAGGGGUCUCGCACCAAAUUCAAAUAAAGUCCCAAUUAAUAUCCAGCCAAAGCCCAUCCAGAUGGGUCAGCAGAAUACUUACAAUGUGAACAACCUUGGAAUCCAGCAGCACCACGUACAGCAAGGGAUCUCCUUCGCUUCCGCAAGCUCGCCGCAGAGCUCUGUGGUUGGUCCACACAUGUCUGUGAACAUUGUUAACCAACAACAGAACACGAGAAAGCCUGUCACCUCCCAGGCGGUGAGCGGCGCCGGGGGCAGCAUCGUUAUCCAUUCCCCCAUGGGCCAGCCUCACACGCCCCAAAGUCAGUUCCUUAUACCCACAAGCCUUUCUGUCAGCUCCAACUCGGUGCACCAUGUCCAGACUAUAAACGGGCAGCUUCUUCAGACCCAGCCCUCCCAGCUCAUCUCUAGCCAAGUGGCCUCCGAGCAUGUCAUGUUGAAUAGGAGUUCUUCUAACAUGCUUAGGACCAGCCAGCCGUAUUCUGGACAGACGCUUAACAGCCAGAGCACCGCCGUCCAGCUGGUGUCUGGGCAGACUUUUGCCACCUCUGGAAGCCCCGUGAUAGUCAACCAUGCCUCUCCUCAGAUCGUGGGAGGACAGAUGCCCUUGCAGCAGGCCUCACCCACUGUGUUACACCUGUCACCUGGGCAGAGCAGUGUUUCCCAAGGAAGGCCAGGCUUUGCCACCAUGCCCUCGGUGAGCAGCAUGUCAGGACCUGCUCGGUUCCCUGCCGCCAGUUCAGCCAGCACUGCCCACCCCACUCUUGGGCCUACGGUGCAGUCGGGGUCGUCGGGAUCAAACUUUACGGGAGACCAGCUGACACAAGCGAACAGGACUCCAGUGCCCGUCAGUGUGUCCCACCGUCUUCCAGUCUCUGCUUCCAAAUCUCCCAGCACCCUGAGCAGCACCCCGGGGACCCAGCAGCAGUUCUUCUGUCAGGCUCAGAAAAAGUGUUUGAACCAGACCUCCCCCAACCCCACAGCCAAGACCACAGACGGCCUGAGGCCACCACAGAUCCCUGGGCUCUUGAGCACAGCACUGCCAGGACAGGAUUCUGGAAGCAAAAUUAUGCCAGCAUCCUUGGGAACCACACAGCCACAACAAGAAAACUCAGUUGGAUCAUCCCCGACCCAGACAGCUGUGCAGGUGGACAGUCAUUCAGGACAGAAAAGGCCUGCUGCCAAACAGCUGACUAAAGGAGCUUUCAUCCUCCAGCAGUUACAGAGGGACCAAGCCCACGCCGUGACACCUAACAAAAGCCAGUUCCAGUCACUGAAUGACACAGUGCAGAGACUGCUGUCCUACCACGUGUGCCAGGGCUCCAUGCCCACGGAGGAAGACCUGCAGAAAGUGGACAAUGAAUUUGAAGAAGUCGCCACUCAGCUCCUCAAAAGAACCCAGGCUAUGCUGAACAAAUACAGAUUCCUGCUCCUAGAAGACGCCAUGAGGAUCAAUCCCUCUGCAGAGAUGGUGAUGAUUGACAGGAUGUUCAACCAGGAGGAAAGAGCUUCCCUGUCGCGGGACAAGCGCCUGGCGCUCGUAGAUCCCGAGGGUUUUCAGGCCGAUUUCUGUUGUUCCUUCAAACUUGACGAAGCUGCACCUGAGACCACGCCUGACAGGAGUGACCAGCAUCGCAGCAGAACCAGCUCGCUCCAUCAGGCUCCCAGGGCCCCAAGCAGAGACCGAGCCAAGCCAGGCAUAGCAGAAGCCGCGAAUCAUGACCAGUUUCAUCUAGUGCCUAACCACAUCGUGGUCUCCGCAGAGGGAAACAUUUCUAAAAAGUCAGAAGGCCACAGUAGAACACUGAAAUUUGACAAAGGGGUCUUAGGCCAGUACCGGGGCCCGCCUGAGGACAAGGGCGGCCGGAGGGACCCUGCCAAGGUCAGUGGGUGUUCUCCGGGCCCCGAGGGCCACCGCAAGACCUUGCCCAGGCUGGAUCAUGGCUCUGAGAGCAAGCUCCCGGGCAUCCUGGCCAGCUCACACAUGGAGAUGCCGUGCCUCGACUCCUUCCAGGACAAAGCCCUGAGGAAUUCCCCAAAGAAUGAGGUUUUACACACAGACAUCAUGAAAGGGUCGGGUGAGCCCCAGCCAGAUCUCCAGCUUACCAAGAGCCUAGAGAAAACCUUUAAGAACAUCCUGGAACUCAAGAACGUGGGGCGACCGCAGAGCGACCCCACGGUCGGCGGGGCGGUGGACCUGGACUUCCCCAGCUUUUCUCCAAUGGCUUCGCAGGAAAACUGCCUGGAAAAGUUCAUCCCGGACCACAGUGAAGGCGUCGUAGAAACGGACUCCAUUUUAGAAGCAGCUGUAAAUAGUAUCCUAGAGUGUUAAUAGCAGCCGUCCUCCCCAGACCCUGCCCCGGACCAGUUACAUUCUCUCCCAGCAAAGCAAAUGGGAACGUCUCCUGUCUCCAGCCUGCUUGGUCCUCCAUCACAGGUUAUCCUUUCUAAUCUCCACCCUGUUCUUUUGAAGAGCAAUACAUGUGGUCGUGGCUGCAGGGAGACCCCCCCUCAGUACACCCACCUCUCUCUAGAAAGCAGUCCGAUAGGCCCUCCACAUUUCAAGUGUUAUGAAAGUGCUUACGGCCAUUGUUGUUCGUUAAUUUGUUUUGUGGUUUGUUUCUUAGCACUGUCGCUCGAGACCACAGUACACUUGGCCCUGGGUAAAAUUUUGACAAUCAUAAGUCAUUUCAAAAGAACAGACUUAUUAAAGAAAGAUCAAACAGGACUGAUAGAAGCCACUUUUUUAAAGACUCUCACUGCAGCUCCAAGCAGUGGUUUGGUUUGGUUCUAUCCGGGGAGAGGGUGUUUGCGGAGGGAAGACCCCAGGACUCCUCCAUGCCCGGCCUCUGAGCGGUGGGUGUAGCCAGUGCUCUCUCUGCCUGGAACCCUCGGUCCUGGCCUGAGGCACCCACCAGUAGCCUAGCCGCAGAGCCUCCCUCCCUCCUGCCCGCCCGCCCCCAGCGCUGGGCUGGGGCUGAAGCAAAAGCUGCUGUUUUUCUUAAGCACAUCCAUGUUGAAUUCUGUCAGAGAAUGUUCUGUUCUUAGUCCCAGGUGUACACCUCGAGAUUCUCACAAGCUCACUAGGAAACAAUGGGAACCAGUCGUGAGGCAGCGAGCUGGAGAGGCACGGGGUCUCGGGGUGUGCCACUUAGAGAAUUUGGCAUUUUGUAAUCGGGUGAAGUCAACAUAACCUGUGUUCUUUAUUGUUGCUGAAUUCUGUUCCGUGUAACCUCAUUGUCCCUCCCUCAGCCCACAGCCAAGUGUCAGAAAGCUCUCACUUGAAAACUGUGCUGUACUCUUCCAGUUGAAGCUUUUGAAGGGGACGCUGGCCUUGUUUGUGAGAACAGUAGUCAACAUUCUAUCAGUCAUUCCCAAACACAGUAAACCAAAGGUCACAACCAGCAGGCCACUGAAGGAAGGAACUGAGGCAGGAGGCAGGGGCAUGUCCUGGCCCCGCCCCCACUGUGCAUGGUUUACCAUAGCAAACCUUCCUCUUUAUUAUUUAUGUUCCUUUCAGGGAGUGGUCCCCACUUUCCCUCCGUGUGAGCCUGUAGCAGGCGUGUUUCUGUUGCUCCUUGCUUUCUUCAUGUUGUAGUAACAGGUCACGGUGCUCAUGUCUGCAACCCUCCUCCCCCCAUCUCCACCUGACCCUCUGGGGCUAGAGGUCACUCUUAUGACUGUGAGGGCCUGUUCCUCUGUUCGUCCCCCAGGCUGUGUAAAUGCACCCAUUGAUUGCCACUUCAUUAUGCCCCCAAAAUGGAGUUUCCCCUCGGUCAUCAUGUGGAGUGGUUCUUUUCCAGAUUGGCCUGCAAUGGAAAGGAAGGCUUUUGAUUUUGAUUUUUAUCCUUUUUUUUUUUUCAAAUAACACAGCAACAA